AUGGCGGGUGAUCAAGAGAGCGUGAACCGGAAUGAGGAUGGUUCCAAACAAAGGGAUGAGGCGAUUUUAGCGGGCAUCCAACAAUUGAGCUUACAACUUGAAGCACUUAGCAAUCGAGUUGUGAGGUUUGGGAGGAGGAACAGACGCCGAGGGUUUAGAAAUCGAGAAGAUAAUGAACUUGGUAACAUCAAGAUGAAGAUUCCAUCUUUCCAAGGAAGGAAUGAUCCCGAUGCAUAUCUAGAUUGGGAAAAACGAAUGGAGAUGGUAUUUGACUGCCAACGAUAUUCGGAGCUUAAGAAGGUAAAAAUUGCAGCUGUUGAAUUCACCGAUUAUGCUAUAAUAUGGUGGGAUCAACUUGUGACUAGCGGGAGACGUAAUGGUGAGGUGCCGGUAGAAACGUGGGAUGAGAUGAAAGCGGUGAUGAGGAGGCGCUUUAUACCAAGUCAUUACCACCGAGACUUGUUCCACAAGCUGCAGAAUCUCACACAAGGCAAUAGGAGUGUGGAAGAGUAUCAUAAAGACAUGGAGAUUGCCAUGAUCCGUGCUAAUGUGGUAGAGGAUCGUGAGGCUACAAUGUCACGAUUCUUGAGUGGUUUGAGCCGAGAUAUAGCAAGGGUGGUAGAGCUGCAACAUUAUGUUGAGUUGGAAGAAUUGGUGGAUAAAGCUAUCAAAGUUGAGAGGCAAUUGAAGAUGGACCGAAAUUACAAGAGCAAUGGAGGAUCAAGUUCGAAUUGGAAGCCCAAUUGGAAGAGGGAUGAGAAGCCGAAUUGGAAGGGAAACAACUCUAAGGCUGAAACUUCAAAGGAGAAGGAGAAGGACGGCAGAGUUGGUUCGAAUCCGACUUUAGGUAAAACUGAAAAUCCUAACACUAGAACUCGUGAAAUUAAAUGUUUCAAGUGUUUAGGCAGGGGUCAUAUCGCAAAUCGGUGUCCUAAUAGAAGGGUGAUGAUAAUGACUGGACCUGGAGAUGUUCAAUCCGAAAGUGACGGGGAGGAAGAGGAUGUUGAGAUGCCAUCGUUAGAGGACUGUAGCGAUGUUGAGAUGCCACUCAAAGGUGAAUUGAUGGUGGUUAGGCGUUCUUUGAGUGUUCAAGUUAAGGAGGAGGAUUGUACCAUGGUAGAGAAGCUUGGAUUAAGGACUGAAAAACACCCUAGACCGUAUAGAUUGCAGUGGUUGAAUGAUAGUGGAGAAGUAAAGGUGUCAAAGCAAGUCCGAGUCCCAUUUGAAAUAGGGAGAUAUAAAGACGAGGUGAUGUGUGAUGUUGUACCUAUGCAAGCAGGCCAUCUUUUACUUGGUAGGCCAUGGCAGUAUGAUCGGAACGUACAUCAUGACGGGUACACCAACCGAUAUUCGUUGGUAAUGAAUCGAAAGACUUACACUUUGGUACCGAUGACACCUACCGAGGUGUAUGAAGAUCAACUGAAACUACAACGUGAAGUCGAGAGGAAGAGAAAAGAAAAUUCUGAGAAGCAAGGAAAAGCAAUGGUUGAGAAGAGUGGAGAUGGAUCUUGGCGCAUGUGUAUUGAUUGCCGAGCAAUCAAUAACAUUACGGUAAAGUAUCGACAUCCUAUUCCUAGACUAGAUGAUAUGUUGGAUGAAUUGCAUGGAGCUUGCAUUUUCACUAAAAUUGAUCCGAAAAGUGGUUAUCAUCAGAUUAGAAUGAAAGAAGGGGAUGAAUGGAAAACUGCAUUUAAGACUAAAUAUGGAUUGUAUGAGUGGUUAGUCAUGCCAUUUGGUUUAACGAAUGCACCUAGUACUUUCAUGCGACUUAUGAAUCAUGUUCUACGUGCUUUUAUUGGUCGAUUUGUGGUUGUCUAUUUUGAUGAUAUCUUGAUAUAUAGUCAAAGCCUUGAUGACCAUAUUGAGCAUGUGCGAGCUGUUUUUCAGGUUUUAAGGGACGAACAACUAUAUGCUAACCUAAAGAAGUGCUCUUUUGUGACUAACAAAUUAGUAUUUCUAGGGUUUGUUGUUGGUGCUGAUGGAAUACAGGUUGAUGAAGAAAAGGUAAAAGCAAUUCGUGAAUGGCCAACACCUAAGACGGUAGGAGAGAAGAACGUGGGUUUCAUGUGGGGAGAAGAGCAAGAGAGAGCAUUCAAUCUGUUAAAGGAUAAGCUAACUAAUGCUCCUUUGUUGUCUUUACCAAAUUUCAGUGCUACUUUUGAAAUAGAAUGUGAUGCUUCUGGUACAGGAAUUGGAGCCGUGUUGAUGCAAGGAGGACGCCCCAUAGCUUAUUUCAGCGAGAAAUUAAGCGGAGCAACAUUGAAUUAUCCAACUUACGAUAAAGAGAUGUAUGCUUUGGUGCGAGCUUUGGAGACUUGGCAACACUAUCUAUGGCCAAAAGAGUUCGUGAUCCACACCGACCACGAGACUUUGAAGUACUUGAGGGGGCAGCAAAAGUUGAACAAAAGACAUGCCAAAUGGAUGGAGUUCAUUGAGACUUUUCCAUAUGUAAUCAAGUACAAGAAAGUGCGAGAGGCGCAUAGUGGCGCUUUAAUGGGGCAUUCUGCUACUAAAUUCACACCGUUUGAGGUUGUCUAUGGUUUUAACCCAUUAACUCCGUUAGAUUUAACCCCUUUGCCUGUUGAUGAGCGUGUGGAUUUAGAUGGUGCUAAGAAAGCUGAAUUUGUGAAGACUUUGCAUGAAAAGACGCGACUGAAUAUUGAGCACAAGUCAGAGCAAUAUGCAAAGCAAGCCAACAAAGGGCGCAAGAAGGUAGUGUUUGAGCCCGGUGAUUGGGUGCGGGUUCAUAUGCGCACAGAGCGUUUUCCCGAACAACGACGUUCUAAGUUGUUACCGCGAGGGGAUGAACCAUUCAUGGUGUUGGAGAGAGUCAACGAUAAUGCCUACAAGCUUGAUCUUUCAGGUGAGUAUGGUAUUAGUGCUACUUUUAAUGUUUCUGACUUGACUCUUUUUGAUGCGGGCGAUGAUUUGAGGGCAAAUCCUUUGCACGGGGGAGGGAAUGAUGUGGACAUCGAGCCCUAUCGAGGAGGAGGUGCUAGGGAUCCAUUAUCCUAUCCGCUAGGCCCCAUCACUCGAGCCAGAGCAAAGGAAUUCAAGCAAGCUGUCGGCGUCAUGGUUCAAGAUCUUUGGAAUAGAGAC